AUGGUGAACUUCACGAUCGAAGAGAUCCGUGGCCUUAUGGACCACAAGAAAAACAUCCGCAACAUGUCCGUGAUUGCUCACGUCGACCACGGAAAGUCUACCCUGACCGAUUCCCUCGUGUCGAAGGCCGGUAUCAUCGCCGGAGCCAAGGCCGGAGAAACUCGCUUCACCGACACGCGCAAGGACGAGCAGGAGCGAUGCAUUACCAUCAAGUCGACUGCCAUCUCCAUGUUCUUCGAACUUGACAAGAAGGAUAUCCCCUUCAUCAAGGGAGAGACCCAAGUCGAGGUCCGCGACGUCGAUGGCAAGAAGGAGAAGUACAACGGUUUCCUGAUCAACUUGAUCGACUCUCCCGGCCACGUUGAUUUCUCCAGCGAAGUUACUGCUGCCCUCCGUGUCACUGAUGGAGCCCUUGUUGUCGUCGACUGCGUUUCGGGUGUGUGUGUCCAGACCGAGACCGUUCUUCGUCAGGCCAUUGCCGAGCGUAUCAAGCCCGUGCUUUUCAUGAACAAGAUGGACCGUGCCUUGCUCGAGCUCCAGCUUGGACAGGAAGAGCUCUUCCAGACCUUCCAACGUAUUGUCGAGAACAUCAACGUCAUCAUUGCCACCUACGGAGAUGACGAUGGCCCGAUGGGAGCCAUCAUGGUCGACCCCUCUGUCGGAAACGUCGGAUUUGGAUCUGGACUCCACGGAUGGGCUUUCACCUUGAAGCAGUUCGCCGAGAUCUACGCUGACAAGUUCGGCGUCCAGGUCGACAAGCUCAUGAAGAACCUCUGGGGAGAUCGUUUCUUCGACCUGAAGACCAAGAAGUGGAGCAACACCUCCACUCCCGGAUCAGUCCGUGGAUUUGUGCAGUUCGUCCUCGACCCGAUCUUCAAAGUGUUCGAUGCCAUCAUGAACGUCAAGAAGGACGACACCGCCAAGCUCGUUGAGAAGCUCGGCAUCAAGCUGGCCGUGGACGAGCGCGACCUUGAGGGCAAGCCGUUGAUGAAGGUCUUCAUGCGUCGCUGGUUGCCUGCAGGAGACACUAUGCUUCAAAUGAUCUGCAUCCACUUGCCGUCGCCCGUGACUGCCCAGAAGUACCGUAUGGAGAUGCUCUACGAGGGACCCCAUGAUGAUGAGGCUGCCGUCGCCAUCAAGACCUGCGACCCUAACGGCCCAUUGAUGAUGUACGUCUCGAAGAUGGUGCCCACUUCCGAUAAGGGUCGCUUCUACGCUUUCGGCCGUGUCUUCUCUGGCAAGGUCGCCACCGGAAUGAAGGCCCGCAUCCAAGGACCCAACUUCGUGCCCGGCAAGAAGGAGGAUCUGUACGAGAAGACCAUCCAGCGCACCAUCCUCAUGAUGGGCCGCUACAUCGAGCCCAUCGAGGACAUCCCAUCCGGAAACAUUGCUGGUCUGGUCGGAGUCGACCAGUACCUCGUCAAGGGAGGAACCAUCACCACCUACAAGGAUGCCCACAACAUGCGUGUCAUGAAGUUCUCCGUCUCCCCCGUCGUGCGCGUUGCCGUCGAGCCAAAGAACCCCGGAGAUCUGCCCAAAUUGGUGGAAGGUCUGAAGCGUCUCGCCAAGUCCGACCCCAUGGUGCAAUGUAUCUUCGAGGAGUCUGGAGAGCACAUCAUCGCUGGUGCUGGAGAGCUCCAUCUCGAGAUUUGCUUGAAGGAUUUGGAAGAGGAUCACGCCUGCAUCCCCCUCAAGAAGUCUGACCCCGUCGUCUCCUACCGUGAAACAGUCGAGACUGAGUCCAACCAAAUUUGCUUGUCGAAGUCGCCAAACAAGCACAACCGUCUGCACUGCACGGCCAAGCCCAUGCCUGACGGCCUUGCUGAUGAUAUCGAGAAGGGCGAGGUCAACCCCCGUGACGAGUUCAAGGCCCGCGCCAAGAUCCUCCACGAGAAGUACGAAUAUGACCCCACCGAGGCCCGCAAGAUCUGGUGCUUCGGACCUGACGGCACUGGCCCCAACCUCCUUGUUGAUGUCACGAAGGGAGUGCAGUACCUCAACGAAAUCAAGGAUUCGUGCGUUGCCGGUUUCCAGUGGGCCACCAAGGAAGGAGUGCUUUGCGACGAAAACAUGCGCGGAAUCCGCUUCGACAUCCAUGACGUCACCCUCCACGCUGAUGCCAUCCAUCGUGGUGGUGGCCAGAUCAUCCCGACCGCUCGCCGUGUCUUCUACGCUUCGUGCAUCACUGCCGGUCCUCGUCUCCUAGAGCCCGUUUACUUGGUCGAGAUCCAGUGCCCCGAACAAGCCGUCGGUGGUAUCUAUGGCGUGCUCAACAGGCGUCGUGGACACGUCUUUGAAGAAGCCCAGGUUGCCGGAACACCCAUGUUCAUCGUCAAGGCCUACCUUCCUGUCAAUGAAUCCUUCGGAUUCACCGCUGACCUCCGCUCCAACACCGGUGGACAGGCCUUCCCUCAAUGCGUGUUCGACCAUUGGCAGAUCCUCCCCGGAGACCCCCUCGACCCCUCCACCCGCCCCCACGUCGUCGUCAAUGAGACGAGGAAACGCAAAGGACUCAAAGAGGGAAUCCCUGCUCUGGAUAACUUCCUUGAUCGCAUG